UCAUGUGUCUAUUGAAGCUUUGUGACGGCAUGCAUAGGCUCCACCUUUUCCUUUGACUGGAGAUCCUAUAACUCCAGCAGGAUUCUCAGCUCUGUUCGUAGCAGUCGACGAUGUGACCAUGCCUCCUUCUGUCAUCUUCUCAAUGGAAUUGCUCCAAACAUCAUUAACACCACCAGCCGGCUGUAUCGCAUCAAUCAAGGCUCGCACACGGUGUUCCGCAGCUAUUAACUGCAAAAAAUCUCUGUUGCCAUUAAACACUUUGGUACAAACUUGUUCAAAUGCAACAGUUUUGCAGCGAUAG